CAGGCGGCGAGCGACUCUCUGAUUGGUGGGGCGAUGCUCUUCACCGCCGUCUUCGUGUUCGUGUACUACACCAUCUGGGCCAUCCUCCUCCCAUUCUUCGACCCCGAGAGCCCCAUACACUCAUACUUCCCAGCCCGUGAAUGGGCAGUCCGUCUACCCGCAUUCAUACUCGUCGUCGGCCUGUCAGCCGUAGGCGCAUUUAUUGGCAACACCAUCCUGAAGGAGAACCGCAAAAAGGCAGAGCGCGCGCGGUUACGGACUGCGUAG